AUGGCAACAGAACAGCCCCCCAAACAAGCUACCUACUACCAAUCCUCCAACCCCAUCACCCACAACCCCUUCGAACAAACCCGCCAACGAGGCGACCCUGUCCCGAACACUACCACGAGUACAACCCGCCGCACAGCAAACUCCAAACCCUCAAGCGACGAAUCCCUCGCCAGCCUCAAAGCAGACCAGCAGCGCGAACAAGCCCGCAAACAAGGCGCCUCAGACAUCGAUCUUGAAUACGGCGUCGAGCAACAGCCGGCUGAGGGGAAUAUCGCGGAUGCUGUUGAGCAUAAGGGCACCCGAAGCAGUGCGCGAACGCAGGCAGGUGCGCAUUCAGGUCCUGUCGGAAGCGCUUUUGGGCCUGGGUAUUCGGGGUUCGGGCAGGAUGGGGAUGGGGGGCAAGAUCAGAUGAGGGAUUUAGGGAGGAAGAGGGAGGAGCAUGAUCGUGUGCUGGGGGAUCGGGUUGGGCAGAGUCCACCGGAGCCUGCUGAGGCAUCGGCGGAUAUAAGACAGCAGAAAUUGGAGUUGGAUGAGCGGUUGAAUGUGAAGGAUGCAGUUAGAGAGGCAACCGGGGAUCCGGUGGUCGGGAGAUAA